AUGGAGUCGCCGGUCACCGGGUCGACAGCCUUUCAGUUCCCGCCUUUGUCGCAGUGCAGUGGCCCGUCCGUAGCCCCACCUAGCACCUGCUACGACCUCGAGGACCUUGUCACCGUCAGCGUAAACGAAGCCGACAAUGUCAAAGUCUUCCGUAUGCCCCGUCAAUUGCUGAGGUGGCACUCCGCAUACUUCGCUGCUGCGCUGGACCCUGAGGGAGGUUUCGUCAAGGAGGGUGUCAAGGAAUUGCAUAUUGAGGACAACAUCCAAGCCUUCGAAGCAUUCUUCUGCUGGAUCUUUACCGGUAAACUGAAGGACGUGGUGCCGCCUACAGAUGGCGCGAAAGCGACAGAUGCGUAUUUGUCCCUUCAUACCAUCUGCAACGUCUGGUUCUUCGGUGAACUGCGCGGAAUCCCGGCCCUCAAGAAUGUGGCAAUCGACAUGCUCCAUGAACGAUGCUGCGCGAAAUGGGUUUGGCUAUCGGGCUGCAUCAAACUCGUCUACGAGAACACUGUAGAGGGGUCACAACUUCGGAAAUAUAUAGUCGACAUGACAACCCGAACAAUAUCGGUUGGUGGCAUCCUUGCAGUAUCCAAGGACUUGCUGACUGUCGAUUUCCUUCGCGACAUCCUUCCGAUUUACGCGAACCGGGCUCAGGGUGGAGUCUCCCCACUCGGACAGAAGGAUUGGGCGGGGCAGGAUCGGUGCAAGUGGCACGAUCAUUCCGGUCCGGGAGGGAAGCUUCGGCUGGAGAGCCGCAAAUAA